GAAUGAAGGUGGCUGGAGGAGCACAGUGCAGUGUGACACAGGCCGGACCACUGCUCCAGGUUGUCCUGCAGGGUGCCUGCAACGCUUCACGCUGUUCAUAUUACGAGCACAGGAGCCCAGCGUGAGGAAGGGGAAUUGUAUCAAGCAAAUGGUGGUUUUGCUGCAGCCAGCUCAAGCUUUCACUUGAGCGAACCUUUUUAGCGCUAACAGGCGCCGCUCGGUUUGUGGUUACUUAAUGGGGCAGCAAGGUAGGCUACCGCGGCUGUCGCCAGCAGCACUACAACUUUAUUUUCACGGACUAAUGCGAUGUACAGGCGUUGUAUAACCGCCUCCCAGCGAGGUAUACCACUAGUCUUUAAAGACAAUGGCGGCUUUUUAACACCAACUACACAUUUAACGCGCUUUUUUUAAAUAAUCGAGCCGCGCGGACGCUUAACUUCGACCAUCUCUUCAUGCCCAGCCACCACAUGAGAGGUCGACGUCGAUAAAAACCAACAAACAAAAAGCCCCCCCUCUUUAUUAUUAUAAUUUUUAUUAUAGGACGCUUGAAUCUACGUGAGGGAAAAUGCGUUUGGGUUUGUUUUGGAUGUGUCUGUGCUGCUUCCUUCGCCUCGGAGCCACCGGCCAAGAGCAGUCGACCCCGGCUGUUUGUUCCCCCUCAUGCAGCUGCGAUGAAGAUGGAGGUGCUGACUGCUCCGGGAGAGGACUGACCACCGUCCCGACCGGCCUCAGUGCCUUCACCUACUACCUAGAUCUGAGCAUGAACAACAUCACUGAGCUUCCAGCAAAUGUUUUCAAGAAUUUUCCCUAUCUGGAGGAGCUGAGACUCGCAGGGAAUGACCUGUCCUUCAUCCACCCUGAAGCCUUGUCUGGACUGUAUCAGCUCAAAGUCCUGAUGCUCCAGAACAAUCAACUUAAGACUGUGCCUAGCCCUGCAAUGAAGAACCUUCAUUUUCUCCAGUCUCUCCGACUGGAUGCAAACCAUAUUACCACGGUCCCAGAUGACAGUUUUGAGGGUCUUCAGCAACUGCGCCAUCUCUGGUUGGAUGACAACAACUUGACAGAGGUCCCCGUUGGCUCUCUGAGGCACCAAGCGAAUCUACAAGCGCUGACGUUGGCACUCAACCGCAUCUUAUACAUACCGGACAACGCCUUUGCAAACCUCACCAGUCUCGUUGUUCUGCAUCUUCACAACAACAGAAUUAAGGAAAUUGGCGGCAAAUGUUUUACUGGUCUUGUGAACCUGGAAACUCUAGAUCUUAACUUCAACAACCUCAUUGUUUUCCCCAAAGCAAUACAGACACUGCCCAAGCUGAAAGAACUGGGGUUUCACAGCAACGAUAUUGCUUCUAUACCUGAAGGAGCUUUCCAGAACAACCCCCUGCUGAGAACCAUACAUUUCUAUGACAACCCUCUGUCCUUUGUGGGUGCUACAGCUUUCCAGAACUUGUCUGACCUCCACUCCUUGAUGCUUCGAGGGGCCGGCAUGAUGCAUGACUUCCCGGUCCUCACGUUGACUAACAACCUUGAGAGCCUGACGCUAUCAGGAACCAAGAUAUCGGCCAUCCCCGCUGAUCUGUGCGACGAUCUCAAGCUGCUUCGGACAUUAGAUUUGUCCUACAAUGAGAUCAAGGAAGUCCCAUCCCUUCAGGUCUGCGUCCGACUGCAGGAGAUAAGCUUUCAGCACAACCAAAUUGAGGAAAUUGGCAGGGAAACCUUUCAAGGUCUUACUGCUCUACGUUUACUGGACCUGAGUAGAAAUAAAAUCCGAGUUAUUCACAGCGAUGCUUUCCUCACCCUUGCUGCACUCUCCAACCUGGAUCUGAGUAUGAACUCUCUGACUGUGCUUCCGACGGGUGGACUGAGUGCCCUCAGUCAACUGAAACUCUCAGGGAAUCCACAGAUGAAAAAUGUGCUGACUGUGAGACAGUUACCCAAACUCAGGUCCGUUUCGGUUCCUUACGCCUACCAGUGCUGUGCAUUUGUUGGAUGCUACUCGGUGACAAGUUCUUCUGAGGAAAGCGACAUUAGGAAAUCAACAGGCGGAGAGGAAGUGGAAAGAAUCUCCAUGAUUAUGCAUUGCUCUCCCUCGCCUGGAGCUUUUAAGCCUUGCGAGCAUCUUCUCGGCAGCUGGAUGAUUCGCCUGACGGUCUGGUUCAUCUGCCUGUUGUCGCUGGUUUUUAACAGUCUGGUGCUGGCUGCGACAUUCUUUCCUUCACGUUGCACCUUAGGCCACACCCACUGGCAGGCCCCGUCCGUCCCCCCAGCCAGGUUGCUGAUGGGGCUUCUGGCCCUGGCUAACCUGCUGACAGGCCUGUACGUGGGCGUGUUGACGGUGUUGGACGUGGCAACGUGGGGAUCCUUUGCCGAGUUUGGCGUGUGGUGGGAAAUGGGGCCAGGGUGCCAGUUCACAGGCGCUCUGGCUGUCUUCUCCUCAGAAUGGGCAGUUUUCCUGCUGUCUCUGGCAGCGGUGGAGCGCAGCGUGGCCGUGCGGGAUAUACUCGGCAAGGUGAUGAUGUCACCCAGAAGGAGCGGCCUCAACCGGAGAGGUUGUUGGAGAGGAGAUCGACGCUUUGUCCUCACUGCUGGGCUGCUGGGGUUACUUGCCGCGACCGCGGCGUGCCUACCUCUCCUGACCUUCAAUGACCGCUCUGCCUCACCGCUCUGCCUGCCCUUCGCCGGGGCUGAGAGUCCAACCCUCAGCGUCACCGUCGUUCUGGUCCUCCUCAACGCUCUGGCGUACCUCUUCACGGCAGCCGUGUACACACAACUGUACUGCCACCUUGGCAGGGUGGAACUGGUGGACCCCGAGCAGACAGGUGCCCUGCGCCAUGUCGCGUGGCUCAUUUUUACCAACUGCAUCUUCUUCUGCCCUGUGGCGGCAUUCUCCUUCGCCCCCCUCUUAACCGGAUUGACCGCCGGCAGCCCGGAGAUCGCCAAGUCUGUCACGCUCAUUUUCUUCCCCCUCCCCGCGUGCGUCAACCCGGUUCUCUACGUUCUCUUCAGCCCGGCCUUCAGGGAGGACUGGCUUCGUUUGCGCAACUGCGGACGUUUGACCAGGGAGGCGAAAGCCGGCGUCGAAAGCCACAGAGACAACGAAGGUGGGGGAUCGGAGCUCACAGAUAGCCGCCGCUCCUCAGCGCAUUUAGGCUUUGGCUGUGGAGUUUACUCUCAGCUUUGCGGUGAGACGGUUGUGUGCGAAAAGUGCGAGGCGGCGCUGCGUGCCAAGACCUGCUCUUCUGCCGUCUGCAGACACUUAGUGAAAUCUCACAGCUGUCCCACCCUCCCGACAGGGGGGGCGGUGGCCACGUGCCAGCGCGCCGAGGGAUUCUGGACAGAGAGCGUAACGCCGUCCGCUCAGUCCGAGUACGCCGACGAGGGAGACUCGUUCGUGUCUGACAGCUCAGACCAAGUCCAGGCGUGCGGCAGAGCCUGCUUCUGUCAGAGCAGGGGCCUCCCUCUGGUGCACUAUUCAUACAGCAUACCUCGAGUCAAAGACUAACACGCUCUCUGUCACGUAACGUUAGCUCUGACAAGAGGACAGACAAUGAAUGUGCCAACUGUCCCGGUGAAAGACUACAGCAAGCACUUAGGUUGGUUUUGACUGCGUAAACAGACACAUCCAAUCAUUUAAAGGGAACUUUUUGAGUCGCGUGUACGUGGAGGAGAAAAUGCUGCCAAAAGGCGCUUGCGAGGCGUUGCAAAUGUGCCUGCCCCUUGCCUUGGAUGGGGCAGGACAAGCCUCAAUUACUUUUUUAAGCUUUUCAUGUAGUUUGAAUAAGUCCUGUCAAAUGUUUAAACUGUUCAUUUUAUACUGCUUUUUUUUUUUUGUUUUGUUUUUUUACGUAAAUGUAGCAAAUGUAAUCAUUGUAGAGUUUGAAUGUACGAGUCGGGUGGUCCCCACCCCACAGAGGGAAAUGUCUGGUCUUUGCCACGAGCCCGUGACUGGUAUUUCUACCAUACACGUGCUUGUAUGAAGCCACCCAGACGAUGAAUGUGAUCCUAUAUCACUGUUUAAAGCAACAGCUACGCUGGCUUGUUAUGAGUGCUGUUGUUAUUUAUUGUUUGGAUGGAAGAUGUGUCCGUUGUUUGAAAGAUGAACUUUUCAGUAAUACACACUGUCACAUUUCUUAUCGUGUUGCAAAUGGUGUUUCCUGGCAGUAUAUCAACUGGUACAUCCAAACCUCGGUUUCGCAGGACAACCGAAGCAAUUUUCCCUUAAGAAAUAAUGUAAAUCCAAUGAAUCCCUUCCAGACAUCCACAAAUAAAACCCCAAAAUACAUUUUAUCGAGAAUUACAUUUUUACAUGCAGAAAAUGUGACAAUAUUUCCCCUUUAAGAGAAAAGGUGUCGUGGGCACAGGGCAGCCAGAAGCCAAUCAGACUGUGAGCUACGACAUCGCUACUGUAAAUGAUAACACACGUGAUGUGGGUCCAGGGUGUACCCUGCUUCUCGCCCUACUAGGCUCCAGCAUACCCCGGUGACCUUAAUGAGGAUUAAGCGGCAUAGAAGGCGGAUGGAAGUCGGAGCCGCACAUGAAGUGUUUUUGUUUAGGCUUGGGCUGCAACUAUUUUUUUUUUAGUCUAUCAAUCUGAAGCUUGUUGUUUCCAUUAAUGGAGGAAUCAGUUUGGCCUUGGACCAGGGGUGUCCAAACUUUUACCAGCGAGGGCCACAUAGUGGAAAAUGAAAGAAUACAUCUUUGUCACUUUGACAUUUUGUAAAGCAACACAUGUGGAUAAGCUAAGAAGUUAUAUACAGUAUAUAUAUAUUUAUUUUUUCAAACUGCUUGUCAGCUUUGUCUUAUAGGUGGAAAUGUCUUAGUAUCAACUUGCUAUCUGCUUUUUCCCAUUUUUGCUGUUUAAAUAUUCCUGACAUUUCAACUUUAAGUAAUCCUGGUACGCUAUUUUUUUUUUUAUUCCAGCUUUUUGUUUUCCCGCAAUAUUGCGACAUGACAUCUUUUAAAUAUAAAUGGCAUGUUUGUUCCUUAAUAUUUCAACUCCAUGCUACUAAAAUGAAAAUUUUUCCCAUAUUACAAGUUUUUGCUCUGAAAAUUGCAUUUUUUUUCUUGUUUUACGGCUUUUGUUUGUAUAUAUAUAUAUAUUUUUUUGUUUGUUUUUUUUUACUUUUUUCAGCUAUUUUUCCCAUUUCUGUUUUUUUUAAUUUUCCAACUAUUGCAACUUUCUUGUAAAUUUUCUUGACUUUAUUCCCAUAUUUUAUUAUAUAACUUACUAACUUUAUCAUAUUAGUUUUUUUUUCUCCAACGUACUGUAAUUCUCCCAAAUUUUUUUCUUUAACAUUUCAACUUUACGCUACUAAAAUGACAUUUUUCCACACAAUAUUGCGAGUUAAUGCUGUGAAAAUUGCGGCUUUUUUUUUUCUUGUUACAAUACGACUUUUUUCUCUUAAUAUUGUGACUUAACGCUCCAGAAAUUAGAGCUGUUUUUUUCCCCCCAACUUUUUUCAUGUACAUUUUCUUAAAUCACUUUCUCAUCAAAAUAUUAUGGGAAUAAAGUCAUAGUAUUGCUAUGACUUUAUUCCCAUAAUAUUUUGAUGAUGUUCUUGUCCAGCCUACCGGUCAUUUGCCAUUUUCCCCUAAUAUAAUUUAAUUAACUUAAUUAAAAUCGCAUCACGUUUAAUAUUUAAACUUUAUACUACCGAAAUGAGCGUUUGUCCACAUAGUAGUAAGAGUUUGAAUGUUGCGUUUUUUUCUUGUUACAAUGCAACUUUUUUUCCUCAUAUUUUGACUUUAUUCUCCAAAAAUAAGUUGUUUUUUUUCCCAUUUGUUUUCUUUUUUGUUUGUUUUUUUUUUUUUUUUACUAUUUAAACUUUAUUUUUUUAUGACUUUAUGCUUAGAUUUUGAUAUUAUUUUCAUAUAAUAAUGUUGUAUUUUUAUAAUGUCCUGCAGGCCAAUAAAAAAAAAACAAACCCUGGGCCACACUUUGGACACCCCUGCCCUCAACAGCCCAAAUCAAUAUGAAGCAAACACAAACAGUUGGUGGUUUGGUCGGCAACAUAUCAGAAAAGAAGUACAAAUGUCCAUCACUGAUUUUGCAAAGUCAAAACUGAUGUUUGUGAAUAUCCUCUUUUACCUAAAACACAAAGAUAAUAGGUCUGCUUUCAUGGAUGGCCAAGGACAUUAAAAAAUAUUUCUAUUCUAGAGGUCGAAAUCAGGAUAUUUACAUUUUGAAAUCACAAAAACAAUGAAUCGAACACCAAAAUAGGUGUCUAAUUGGAUAAUUAGUUAACUAUUGCAGCUCUAGCUUGAUUCCGUGGAAUAAUACACGAGCAAAGUGACUCCUGUAGGUGGUUGUAUGAGACAGUGUACGAAAACUGGGAAGGAAAUGUUGUGGGAAACCGAGGUUUGGCUGUCCGUGCAAAUCGCUCCGCUGUUCAUUCUGUCCUCACCUACAGGUUCAAUUUUCUAAUUAUUUGCUUCAUACAUUUUGCUUGCAAUGUUUAUCUGCCAGGAUCAGGUUGCUUCGAUGCAGGACGAGGUUCCAAUAUGCGCUUUUAGGAACACUCUGUUUGCACUUUGUAGUCAUUUUCAUUUCAUUUCAUUUCUUGGUGACUCAAUCAAUCAAUAUUUCUCUUAGAGGAAUGUCUACUACUUUGAUUUGUGUUAAUUGGCCUUUCAGGAAUGCAACCAAUUAGACGUUGGCUCCACCAGCAAGACAGUAUGGUCUCCUUAAGUGAAUCUUAAUGCCAGCAUUGUGUAGCGCGCCUUUUGUGCUCUGUUGCGCCUGCCAAAAUGUCCUUUUUGAUUGUGUGACGUAUCUCCUCUUCCAGCUCAUGGAAAUGUAUCUUUCUGUAGUCGGAACUUGUUUUAUUUUGGUGUAAAUUAUUUGAACAAACACAUCAUUGCAACUGGGAUGCUACUUUAGGAAGCUACCUCCUCAGUUGGAGUAAAUAGUGCCCCUCCCCCCCCGCCUUUCCCCACCGACAUUGUUCCUAUUCUCAUGUUUGAACAUAAGUGCUAAUUAUGGGAGGAAUAUAUGUUCUGUAUACUGUGAUUUUUGGGUUUUUUGGAUACGGUCUUGUGGGGAAAAAACGUUUAGCACAAACACAGACUGGGUUGCCCGUGCUCUUUUUCUGAUAUUAAAUCCCCAAAAGCUUGACCUUGCAAUUUCAAGCAUCACCUUGAAAUUUGGUACACACCCGUUGGGGACUGACCAGUACAUGCCUGUAAAAUUUUAGCAAGAUUGGUCAAAAAACACGGCUGCCGUCAACAUAUGUGUUAUAGUUUUAGGGCCACAUUGGGGGGGAAACAAAAUCUGCGAUUUUGAGAAUUAAGUUGUAAAUUUACGAGGAAAAAGUUAUAAAUUCACGAGAAUAAAGCCGUAAAUUUACAAGGGAAAAAAAGUUGUAUAUUUCUGAGAAUAAAGUCGUAAAGUUACGUUUUUUUUCCUCAUUCUCAGAUUUUAAUACUCCGUAACAGGCAUUUCCCCAGACAGCUAUUUAAAUGGGGGACUUACGUGACCUUUGGCCUUGGGCAAAGGAAAUAUUCCAACUUUUUCUCUCGUAAAUUUACGACUUUAUUUUUGUAAAUUUGACCUUUUUUCUUGCUAAUUUACAAAUUUGUUAACUGACGGUUACGACUUUAUUCUCGAGAUCUCCGAUUGCUUUCUUUCAAUGUGGCCAUAAUAUUCGGUUGUCGUAUUACACGUACGCUCGCAUGUUUUCCAAAGCAUUUUCAACGCAACCCGUCGGGAACGCCACAAAAAGGGUGUGCUAGUUUUUCCCACGACUGUAUACAAAAAUAAUACAAGGCAAGUCGAUUUGUGUUCAUUUCGCCCUUGUCUUUUUACAUGUGAGAUCUUCCCAGGCUGUUUUUUAUCUGCUCAUGUAGAAAGAAUGUGAAUAAAUCUGGACGAACCCAACCAUUUUCUACCAAGACUCUUUACAGGAGCAAAAAAAAACAACCAAAAAACGGCAACAAUGGAAAAAUCAGGAGUAAUUUUCCACGAAUAAAGUCAAAAUAUUGAGAGGAAAAAAAAACGUUAUACGCAAACAAAAAAGUCAGAAUUUUUACGACAAACUCAUAUGUGGAAAAAUAGUCAUUUUAGUAGCAUAAAGUAAAAAAAAAAAAAAGUUGUGAUAUGAGAAACAAGGAAAUUAAGUUGUCAAAAUAUUGUGGGAAUAAAGUCAUAAUAUGCUCCGAUGAGGGUUUUAUGCUGCCGAUUCCUCUACCGACCAUCCAGGACUGAAAUCGGCCGAUACGCAUUUUCUAUGCUAUCCCAGCUGACUUGGGGCGAGAGGUGGGGUCCACCCUGGGCUGCCAGCUGGAAUUGUACGAGAAUAAACUCAUAAUAUCAUGAGUAAAAAUAACAUAAUUUUAGUAGCAUAGAGUUGAAAUACUUAAGUUGUUAUUUUACUGUUGUAAUAUUAUCAGAAACACAAAAUAAAGUUGUAAUUUCUGAAGAACUGGGUUGACGAAACAGUUAUAAUACUUAAAAAACACAAAAAAACCCCAGCAAAAAUGGGGGGAAAAAGAGCAAAGUUCGUUCUAAUACGCUUUUUCACCCACAGAAUAGAAGUGUGUAUAUAUAACCUGUUAGCGUGUCUACAGUACAUGAGUUGAUUUACAAAAUAUCAAAGGUGCAAAGUUGCAUCCUUUUUAUUUUUCACGACGUUGCCCUCGCUGGAAAACCGUCUUGACGCCUCUGGGGUACAGGCAGUCCUCACGUCGUGACUUUUCAUCGUUUUUGUGCAAAAAGAAACGGGGACAGUUACAGUACGUGUGUGGCAGAAGAAUACGUAAUCGCACAUCGCUACACUAACGGAGGUCACUUCUGUUCUUUUUUGUUAACUUUCCCCCCCCCCCCUUCAUUAUGUCUCCCAAGUGGGAGACUGGCUCUACUAAUGGCAGUGCGCCAAGGAAAAGGAAAGUGUAACGUGAAUUUAUUUAUUUUUUUCAUAAAAUGUGAGGAAAAAAAAACAUCGGGGAUUAAAAGGGUGUCUUUGAAUGUGUAAAAGGAUCUGCUCCUAUCAAAUGAGCAUUGAUUUAGGCAAAAAAUAAAAUGUUCUUAAAUAUGUACACUUUUUUUUAGGCAGUGUUCAAAGCCGUGGAGUUGGAGCCGCGAUGUGGUGAGGAAGGACUGUAUAACCUUUCACCACAUCCCUCUUACGCGCCACUCUACUCCACAACGUUGUCUAGCCCGUGUUUGAUUCCUGUGUUGAAGCUAUUUUUAACUCGUCAGGCCUCGCAGCUCUUACAUGCUGGGAGUAGCUGGGGUCAAAAGUCACCCCACUUGAGAAUCUUUUGCUUGAUUUUCCUUCAUGGCUUCUUUUUUUUAGUUUGGCAGCAUUGCAGCCCUUUUUUUUUUUCAUUUCAUUAGUAACAAGAUACAUUACUGCGGUACCUUACUUUUUGCUAUUUAUUUGUUCCAAAAAGAACAGAAACAUACGCAAACCAAAUACAUUUUUCCCAUAAGAAAUAAUGUAAAUCUAAUUAAUCCAUUCCAGAAACCCAGAAACGUUAACACAAAACAUGUUUUUAUAGUUUCACAUGCAGCAAACAUUUGGAAAUGCGUAUAAAAACUGAUAAAUGAUGAAUAAAAGGGAUGAAUGAACAUUUAGGUUGCUUUUACCUUCACUGAAGACGUGGUGUGACUGAAAACAAGAAGGUGACGGUGGUUGAUCCCGCCAUCACAUCGUGUCUUUGGUAACAGUUGUCUUUAAUAAAGGUAGAAGUAACCUUAAAUGUUCAUUUAUCCCUUUACCUGUAUUUAGGAUUGUUUUAUCAUAAAUAUGAAGCUGUAAUUAUUCAACUAUAAAAACGUGUUUCGUGACAGCAUUUUUGAGAGUCAAACUGAUGAUGACAGACGGGCGAAGUAACUUCCGUCUCCGGUUGACAUUUUGUUUAGCUAGGCGAUAGGAUGCUAACAAAGAAGGAUGUUUUCUGAUGAACAAAAAGUACAUUAAGAACACAGUUGGAUUCACACAGGGUAUUAACAACACGCCAUAUUGUACGCUAACCGGAGAAUGCAUGCAAACAGAGCCAAAACUGUGGCGUAAAAUUGGGGAAAAAAACACGCUUACCAGGGCAGAUGCUAACAGCGGUUCCACUGUGUUUUGUAAACCAAGUACAGUUUUCCCUCGUUAUUCACUUUUCUCAGACAGGCGUUAACAUUUUCUCACCUUUCAAAUUUCGUUUGAAUUCUAAUCACCGAUCUACUAGGUUGAACACAAGAAAUUAUCAAGUGACUCACACGUAUUCACUCCUCUGACUGUGCCUCGUCCCGGCGCCAUUUAGCUGUCAUGUUUUUUUGUAUCCUUGUUAAAACAUAUCGCUCCUGCUCCUCUUCGUCGUCCCACUCCGUGAACCAGAGAUUCAUUUAGCCGGUUCGCUGUUUCUUCUUCUUCUGUUGUUUAUUGGCAGUUAGCAAGCAGCUCACGCAGUUAGCGAGUUUGCUAGCGGCCAUUGACCACAACGUGAAACGGCAUGAAGGAGAUUGAUUGGCUGUAGACCACUGUCAAUCAGGACGCACAACACAAUAGGCGGGUUCUCCCUUAGCCCAUAAGGACUGUUAUGGCUCCAUAUUUAGCCGGCUCUUGCCUACUGUGGGUUCCUAAUAGGCUGGUACAGGCAGUAAACACACACUGGGACGAGGUGGAGCUGCACUGUCUUCAACUCUCACAUGAGUAUAUAACACCCUCUACUGGUAGAAGUAGGAAAUACAAUAAAAUUUGGGUUUUAGAGCUCGAUGUGUAAAACAGUGCCAGCUCCAGUCCCGCGGCUCGCGCAUGCGUGAUUCAUUUGCACUUUCCAUGCGCAGAGCUGCGCAUCAUGGCUUGUGACCGCCUUUGGGCGGGGCGGAGCUGUCAACAGGACCCGCCGCUGCUCAGUGAGAACACAAAAUGCAGAACAAUACGUGCUUUCACCAUACCAGAAAGCAAGUCGCUAGAUUUGUCGCUUUUGAGGCGCUAUGUCGUCAAGGGGAGUUGGAAUGUCGCCAGAUCUAGCGACAACACUGUUGGCAACACUGAUUGGGUGUGUGAUUCAAGAUGGCUGAAUGGAGUAUAUAGUAAUCCCUCGUUUAUCACGGUUAAUUGGUUGGCACAGAAAGUUUAUGAUUUUCUGAAUAAGGUUUUUAACAUUAUUUGAGCCCUGUAUACAUGAAAUAACACUACAAUAAUCACUUUUACACUCUAGUAUUCUUUUUUUGUAUCACGUUGUGCCGGCUACGGUAUCACUGCAAGGACAAAAGACGGCUGCUGCUAGCAUAGCAAGCUAGCAAACUAAUUAGUUAGCCUCUCCAAUUUACUUAUUUUAAACUUAGUGUUUCAAACAGAGUGGGGAAGAAGGGCUCAUGAGUCAUGAACACUGACCUUAACUGAAGCAAGUGAGGCCUGCAGUUCUUUGGAUGUUGUUGUGGGGUCUUUUGUGACCUCUUGGAUGAGUCGUGGCUGCACCCUUGGGGUUCUUUUGGUUGGUCGGUCACUCCUGGGAAGGUUCACCACUGUUCCAUGUUUUUGUCGUGUUUUGUUGUGAAUAAUGGCUCUCACUGUGGUUUGCUGGAGUCCCGAAGCUUUAGAAAUGGCUUUAUAACCUUUUCCAGACUGAUAGAUCUCAAUUUAUCGCUUUUUCACACAGGGCCAUGUAGGUUUGGAUUUUUUUUCUCCCUUAAUAAUAACAAGUUUCAUUUAAAAACUGCAUUUUGUGCUCAGUUGUGUUGUCAUUGACUACUUUUGAAAUUUGUUUGAUGAUCUGAAACAUUUAAGUGUGACAAACAUGCAAAAAAAAUAUAUAUAUAUAUAUAUAUCAGGAAGGGGGCAAACACUUUUUCAUAACAGUGUGUACACACUGGUCACUAGGCGUCAGUAAUGGUGAAACACACAAGCACCAGACUGGAUCGCCGGAACAACAGGCUUUUAUUGCAGGUCUGAAUGAUCUCACAGCAGGCACAAUAAUAACAUAAUAAACAUCAAUAUUAUGUUAUUGCUGCGAUAAAGACUUUCAGUACGUGCGUAAGAAUUAGCACCUUGCGUUUGUUCUGCAUUCUGCAAGUGUCAUGAGGAAGAGCAGAUGGACACACUUUGUUAAUAUUCAUGGGAAGGAAGUGCGAGCCACAUGAAAGUUUUAUUUCAUUCAAUGUGAUGUGUAACAUAACAGUCUGCAAUGGAGACAAAAAGAAAACGUGGCGAACGUGCAUGCAGUGUGACAGGUGCCGCAGACGCUGGAUCCUCCCACUUUACUUCUUUUCUUCUUUUGCAAUUUGAGCUGCGAGGACGGCAAAAAACAUACAAAUCCAUCAGCAAUCCGGGUGGAUUAAGGAAUACAAUAAUCCCUCACCAUGGUCACAAUUUUUUAAAUAUAUAUUACUUAAUAAAUCAUGCUGUUUCGUGGUUGAAUACAGCCUAUUAGUAAAAAAAAAAAAAAAAAAAGCAUUUUUCAGCAAAUCGUAGUCAUUUUUUUUACUUAAAUUCUGCAUUUUCAAGCACAAAAAUUGCUAAACGAAAAUGCAAAUAUAAGGCAUUCAGAAGACACAUUCAAAGAUGUUGCGAUGACAUGUAGCAUUCUACACUGGCCACUAGAUGUCAGUAAUGUCACACUGAUGAGGCAGUAGCCACCACAGGAAGUACUUUCUAGAACAGGAAGCAAAAAAAAAAAAAAACUCUCCUCGUGCUAUUGUGAGUUUUUAUCAGGGCUGCCCGAAGUGCAGCCUGCAGCACAUUCUAAAAAAAAUCUUUAAAAAACAAACAAAAAAAGUUAAAAUCUGCAAUAAUUUAAUUUUAAAGUCACAAUAUUAAGAGGAAAAACGUAAUAAUACAGAGAAUAAAGUUUAAAUAUUAAAUAAAAAUAGUUUUUAAAAAGUUGUAAUAUUAUGAGAAACAGUAAAACAUUGAAUAAAGUUGUCAUUUUUGGAAAAUUAGGUUGCGGAAAAGUUAUAGUGAGAUAAAGUCCAAAUAUUUUGGCAAUAAAGUCAUAAUGUUACGGGAAGAAAAUUUGCAAGAAGAAAGUUGAAAUGAACAUUGAAGAAAUAACAGCAAAUAACGGAAACAAAACAACCCUAGCAUUACAAGAAUGAAGUCAAAAUAUUAAGAGAAAAAGUUGUAUUCUAACAAGUAAAAAAGUCCUUUUACAAGAAUAACCUGGUAAUAUAACAUACCUGUAUAUACAUAAUGUCAUUUCAGCAGCAUAGAGUUGGAAUAUUAAAGAAAGAUGUUAAAGAAAACGUAAGUCCUACUAUGAGAAACUAUUUUUUGAAUAAUUAGGUUGGUUGAAGGAAAAAUGUGUAAAUAAAGUUCAAAUAUUAUGGAAAUAAAGUCAUAAUAUUACGAAAAGAAGAUUUCCAAAGAUUAUUUAAGAAGAAAGUUGAAAUAUUUGGAAAAUCCCCCCCCAAAAAAAAUCAGCAAAAAUGAGCAAAGACGGAAGUUCAUAGUAAUAACACGCAAGAUGUCAAGAUUUUCUUAAAAUAUGCAUAACUUUUUAGCACAUCUCCAUGCGUUGCUUUACAAAAUGGCAAAGUGGCAACGUUGCCUCCUUUCAUUUUUCACUAUGUGGCCCUCACUGGAAAAAAGUUUGAACCCCCUUGGUCUAUAUUAGAUCUUAUUAGCUCUUAUUAUGUCUACUAUAUUGGGUAAUAGGAGUGUAAAGGUGACUGUAGGAGUGGUAUUUCAUGUCUGGAGGGCUCUAAUAAUGUUAAAAAAAAACUUAUUUAGAAUGUUGUAAACAGGUUUUCUUUGCUCUAACUAUGAAAAUAUUCCAUGUAUAAAUAAAUAACGAAUCCUACUUGGCGGAAAUUCACCUAUCACGGCCGGGUAUGGACCCAAUUAACUGUGAUAAAGGAGGGAUUACGGUACUAUGCUUAUUUGUUGUUAUUUUUGCUUAUUUGUUUAAAGUUAUAUCCUCCCUAAACUAAUCUAAUCUUCCAAGAAUGCUUCCAAGAAAAAUGGCAUAGUUUUUAGUACAUCGUACAUCGUACAUCGUACAUACAUGACUGCAACAGUCAUGUCGUAUGGGUUUAAUUCUGUUCCCAUUUAAAAGAUAUAUCGGUAAAUUUGAGGACAUACAAUGCAUGUAAACACGCGUUUCUUAAAAAAAACACAUGUCAUGUCUCUGUGUCCGGAUACUUACGGCGAACCUCCAGCUUACACUCCACGACGUCUUCCCCGCUGUCGUUGACCGCUUUGCACAUGUACACCCCUCCAUCAAAUGGACACGGCUUCCGGAUCUCCAGAGUCAGGACACCUUGUUUACUGAGCAUUCUGUACUUGGCUUCAUUUGUGAUGUCCAUCUUGUUUUUGUACCAGGUCACUUUAGGCUAACGUCAUACGAGACCGUAUCAGUCGAUGCAGUGAUGCCACAUGUUAGGGUUAACUCGCUGGAUGUUAUUGCAAGGUGACGUUAAUUAGUGGAUACAAAGAGUAUAUCCGUAUCGAGGUUUGUUGUUCUGCUAGCACAUGUCCUACAAAAAAGGAUUCCUGGCAUGAUUCAUCAAAAUUGCUUAUAUAUGUUAUAUAUUGUUUGUAAUUAUGGUCUACAUUGUUAGAUUUUUUUUUAAGCGAAAAAUACAUUUUCAAAAAUGAUAGUUGUAGUUCAUUUCCGGAAGUGGCGUCAUCGGGGUGACGCCUCUCAGCUAAAUCAGAGUAAACAAACGCUUCUCGGGGUAGAUCGUCGACUUGAUUCAGUAUGUUUCUUAUCAAAAUAGUAGUCAUGGCAAAAUGUUGUGUUGCUGCUGGAUGCUCAUCGUAUCCAAGUGAUACUGUAAGUUUGUUUUCUUUUCAAACACAGGAAGGUUUAAGACAAAAAUGGACGAAGCAAGUGCAGAGAACGAGGGACAGAUGGACGCCCACCUCGAGUUUUGUUCUCUGCAGUGAUCAUUUCACUGAUCAGUGCUUUGAAGGAACACCUUUGGCUUGAAAGUAUGGUAUGAGCACGUUAUGAAAAAGGAUCCUAUUCCGCCGGUACACAGGAAAAAAAUGACAAGAACGACAUCAAAGUUGCCACACAGCAGAGUAGGUCAUGUCUUGUUUGCAUAAUGUCUUCUAAACACUACUCCACGAGAGCGACAAGGCUGCGAAACAUUAUACAUGUUAUGUAAACAUCGUUGACAGCAAUACUGUGGGGGAAAUAUGGAACAAAAAAGGCUCUAAAGACCCUUUACGCUCAUUAAGAAGCUGAUUUAAAACAUGAAUUGAAGGAUAAGCAACUCCAGAGUAAUUUACACUUACCAUUCUGUGUUUUGAAGGCGACCAAUCUUCAUCUCCAUGUCUUAAGGCUUAAGUCCAUGUUCUGCAAGUUCUCUAUUUCACCUCCAAAUGUUUCUCCCUUCUUUUCUCCUGGAAGACUAUUGCCAUCUUCGCUAUAAUCACUGUAAACAUCCUCUGUCUCGUACACCGCUAUGUUUGCAUAGCUGAGUGACAGUACCGGUACUCCUACGACGUCGCUUCUGGAAAUGCGAAUGAACAGCGAGCGCUAGCUCGUCAUGGCUGCCACCAUGAACUAUUAAUGUAAUUUUUGCCAUUUUACUGUUCGCUUUCAAAAAUCAAACAAUGUAGAACAUAAUUACAAGCAACAUAUAACAUAUUUAAGCAAAGUUGAGAAAUCAUGUCGGGGUCCCUUUAACCUUGAUUUUAGGUCGUCUUUUCCACCUCACUGACCUUGGGAAUGCCUCUGACAGAGCAGCUGAGGGUGGCGUUGUAUCCCGCAAUCACUGAACGGUUCACUAAGGGAUGUGUGAACUUGGGAGCCUCAGAGAAGUCGGGUUCCUUGUAAGUGGGAGACUUGUAGUCCAUGCCUGCAGACAUAUUGGUUACAUUUAGACAGCUUUAUUUCAUUCAUGGCAAUGUCUCUAUGUCCUUACGGUCCCACCUACCAGUUUUCUGGAUGUAGACGCCGUCCUUUGUUUGGCAGGGUUCUGGACUGUGACCCACCAGGUUGAUGGUAAAGACUCGAAAGACAUACUCGUUACCCAUGAUGAGGUCGGACACAACACAGUUGGUUCUGCGGUACUGGUCGAAGACUGUGAACCACUCCUUAAAAGGUAGAAAUAAAACAAGGUCAUGGCAAAAUGAUAAAAGAUGGUCAUUCAAAAAUAUACAGGUUCCAUAUGAAGUUCCAUUCCGAGGAUGCAUAGUCACACUGUACACAGAACACAUAAAGGACAUUUAAAAUCUAGUAAUAAAAACGCUAAAUACAAUUAUUACUGUUGCAGUCAUAGCAGCAGAUCCUUUAACAUGCUCAAGGAUCCUGCAGCAGUUUUGUGAAGCGUUAGUUUUGUGAUCUCCGGCAGCUGAGUUUGCUGACGUUGUUUUGGCGUGGUCCAACCGACUUUCAGGUCGAGCCAAGUCCGAAGUCACAGGUUUGAAAUUUUCAAGUCCUUACAAGUCAUAAGCCCUGGUUUAUUCCAGCAGUGUCCAAACUUUUUCCAGAGAGGGCCACAUUGUGAAAAAUGAAAGGAUGCAACUUUACCACUUUGAUAUUUUGUAAAAAUAUGCUAAUAAGUUCUAUAUAUUUCAAGAAAACACCGCAUCUCAGCUUUGUCAUGUAGGUGAAAAAGCUUAUUCGUAUCAAUUCACUCUUUGCUCUUUUUUCCUCAUUUUUGCAGUUUUUAUUUUUUUCAAAUAUUGUAAUUUUCUUUUUAAAUAAUCUUUAUCAAUUUUCUUUUCGGAAUAUUAUGACUUUAUUGACAUAAUAUAACUUUUUCCCCAACCUAAUUUUAAAAAAAUUCCAACUUUGUUUUGUUGUUUGUUUCUCAUGAGAGUUUAAAAAAUAGCAUGUUUUCUUUAAUAUUUCAACUUUAUGCUACUAAAAUGGCAAUAUUUUUCCUCAUAAUAUUGGGAGGUUAUCCUCAUAAAAUUGCAACUUUUCUUCUUUUUAGGAUACAACAUUUGUUUUUUUUUAUAUUUUGACUUUAUUCUUGUAAAAUUACAGUUGUUUUUUUUUCCAUUUUUUACAUUUUCCAGCUAUUUAAAUUUUCUCAUAAUUACCUGAUUCCCAUAUUUUUUACUUUAUUCUCGUAACAUUCUUUUUCCGCAAUCUAACUUGCCAAAAAAUUAACUUGAAUGGUUCGAUGCAGCAAAUGUAACAUUGCAUUAUUCAUGUCAAAUUACAACUUUUUCCUCUUAAUAUUUUGACUUUAAUCUUGUAAAGUGACUCAUUUUAACAUUUUUGCUGCAUUGUUGGGUUCUCUUGUUAAAUAAUAUUUUUAGAAUGUGCCGCGGGCCACACUUUGGACAGCCCGUCUUUAGUGUCUCCCAAAUAAAAUGCCCUUUUAACAAUGAAACAAUCUAUAAAAUUUAAUAAAUACAUUGAAUGCAUUUGUCUUUUAUUUUUUGCAUAAAAUAAGACCAGUGUGACAAGACUUAGUCACAGAAAAAAGUGCUGACACAGCGUCCAGGUUUUAGUCAGUGCACAGAAAUGUAAUCCACAUUUGUGGUUUGUUCUUAAACCUGAUUGGACAUCAGUGAGGCUGAUUCAAAGGGAAAAUAUGUUGUAUAGCUGGGAAUUACUGUAUAAAAUACUUUGAAUGGGGACACGUUUAUCUAAACAACAUGUUCUCAAGUCAUCAGACUAAAGUUGGAGUCAAGUCCAACACAUUCACUGAAAAUCUCAAGUAUUUUCAAAUCAUCAGACUGAAGUCCGAGUCAAAUCCUGAGUCAUAGAUGUCAAAGUACAAGUCAAGUUGCAAGUCUUUGAUGAUAUUGUCAAGUCGAGUCCAAAGUCAUCAAAAUUGUGACUCAAGUCCUAUAACUGUAGUCCUACAACUAGUUAUCGAGCAAGUCUUGUGUUUAGAGAACAAAAUAAAGUUUUUAAUUUAUUUAUUGAACCACGAAACGUAACACGGAACGACAUGAACCACCUGACCACAGAUCUUCACCCUUCCAAUGUUAAAGCCACACUUACGCCCUUCCCAACAGGGGAUAAGUGUUCUCGUUUUUGUACCAUUUCUUGUGUUUUAGACUAAUUUGUCGUAAAUCACAAACACAGUAAGCACUAACAUUAAUCAUAUCUAGAAAAUGAGAUGUACAUGAUCGAAUCGUAUUGUCAUGACUCAGUAGGACACAGAUUUCCUUAAAGGGCUCCGUAGGACCAACCACUGUAAAGUUAACUUCAGCUCUGCAGACAGACUGUCGAAAUGAGGUUGAGGAGAUUAGGACAUUCCUGAAGGUGGCAGACGGGAGGUGGGCUCAUAAUGCUUUUAGGCCGCAGGGCAGCUUGUACUGUGUCCAAUUGGAUGUUAAACUACAAGCUGGCUAGUAAAGCUUGUGGUGACCAAUCUGCAACUGAAUGAAAUCUGCUUUAAUUAAAUCGAUACAUUGCAUACAGUGCAUGUGUACAUGAAAAAAUACAGUAUGGUACUCCUUCAGAGACAAAACACUUUACAACAGUGGUUCAGAAUUAUUUUUUGUCAUGCCCUCCGUAGGAGACAGACAUUUUUUUGCAAACAUUGGUCGAUUGUCAGCUUCACCAGCUUAUUCCUUUUCAAAAAGGUACAGUAUACGGCUUUUUAACAUUUGUUUUUGUGGCGCAAAAUCUGCGACAAUGUUGCUUAUAUUGUAUAAGUACUAAAUUCAAGAAAUAAUUCUAAGAUGGUGUCUGUAUUUCUCGUCUUUGUCAACAAUCAUGUAUUCAAUGACGGUAAAAGUAACCUUGAAUGUUCAUUUAUCCCUUUCAUUCAUCAUUUGUAUGCAUUUCGAAUUGUUUUAUAUGCACGGCUCAGAUCAAGGGUACCCUUGGCUGUCUUCAGCUUCACUUGAGUAGUAUUUGAAGUUGUUGUUUUAACAAUGUGUACUAUCCCUACCACUCUGACGUUUAUAGAGUGAGGAAGCUUACCAAACCAUAAAUUAAGCCUGUUCAUGUUUUUAUUUUGCGCUAGCACGGCUAUGUUGUAAAAAAGUGUCUAUAUCUGGACAUUGAAAUGUUACAUGUAAAGCAUGUCUACUUUUGUUGUGAAAUUAACAAUAUUCUCUCUGAUAAUUUUGUCAUGAUUUCUACUUAGAAUUAAAGAAUGAUGUCUGAAAUUGGUUUCUAAUGUGUUUUAUUCAAAUAUUCUCAGUGUAAAAAAAAAAAAACUGUUGUAUAAUCAUUAGUGAAAAGUACAUAACCUUUGUGUCCGCCUGCUGAUGAAAAUUUUGAGGAACAUAAUUCGAUGGAAAAACAAACCCCAUGAUGAUUACAAUGGUAUAUAAUCAUGGAAUAAUUACUCAACUCUGCAACAAAAAUUAUUUUUUGUGUAUAAAAGACUAAAAUAAGAUAAUUUGAACAACAGUCUAACACACCCAAAUUUCGUGUCUGGCCCGUUAUGUACGGACACUUCGAGCUCACAGCGUAGAUUGCGUAUUGCUAGUAAAUAUUGAAUUUGAAAAUAAAAAGAGCCUUCUUGGGCCAAACAAAACUUGUAUCCUUCCGCCGGUUAUUCGCCAAAUACGCGUUCAGCAGGGGCAUGUGUCAUCGUGUCCGCCAUUUUGUGUCAGCGUUAUGUACGUUCAGUCACGAUUUCGGAGAAGCAGUAUCAUUGAAUUCGACGAGCAAUCGGCGGUUUAACGACCAUUGUCAAGUCUAAGGUAAGAUUUUUUUUCAUUUUUAUAUACAUUGGAGAAGAUCUUUAUGCACUUUGAAAUGAUUUUUUUCGUCGGGUGAGUUACAAAGUCUGUGUUUAUCGAGCAGUGUAACUCGUUUUGACAGCCGUUGUUUUGGCCUCUCGUAGGUAGCCGUUCGUGUCCUAGUUAUGUACGUGCACAAAGCGCC